AUGGGUGAUGAUCUAACAAAAACCAGUUAUUCUACUCGCCAAUACAUAAAUGAGGUUGCUCCAGUUUUAGAAGCAUUGUUAAACAUUGUAUCUGAAAUUGAUUCCAUCGACGGAAACGAAAAACAACGAAAGCGCACGCUGGGUGAUGAUCAAGAAACUCCUUCCAAAUUGGCAUCAAGACGAUCGACACGGGAAAUAAAGCGGCCGAAAUUUGAUGAUGAGCUUGUUGAUUCAAGCGCAAGAAUGAAAAGAUACGGAUCACGCGAAAGGUCUCAAACACAAUGUACUGAGUCGACCCCAGGUCCCGACGAUAGCACAUCAUCAAACCAGCCAGGACCAUCAAAUUCCAAAAACGAGAAACGCAAAUCAUCACUGGAGAAGGGCUCAGAUCGAUCGGAAAGCAGAUCAUCUAAGAAAGCUAAUGAAGACGACGAGGAUGAUGAGGCUGAAACAGUACAUUUGCGCGAAUGGCCAGUUGUCGAUGAUGUUAUUAUGGCUACAGCAAUGACGCAUAUGAAACACGCUAAGGCGAUAUAUCAAACCGUUCGUUUUUCGCGUAACUACACACUAGAAGAAGUGGAGAAUCGUUGGUUUCGACUGCUCUACGACGAGCCCUUCUUAGAACAAUGCAAAAAACGGUUCGGCGUUUUGAGUCCUGAACAAAUUCUGCACAUCCAAGCAAGAACACCGCUUUCGGUUGAAGAAGAUGAGUUCUUCCAAAACGAAAUUACCGCCAUUGAGAAGGUUCGCAAGGUCACAAUUGCGGAUUGUGCACUCAUUUUAGACAACAACAGUAUGAAAUUCCACCCAUGUCGAACUCCUCAAUUCCUGCUCGAUUAUUAUCGUGGUUUAAAAAAUCGCAAUGUUACCAACAAUGUCAAUUGGAUACGAAUUGAAAAGGGCUCAUUGAAUAAUAGCUAUUCGCUAGAUUAUUUGAAGCCGAUUAGACGCCUCGAAUCACGUAUGGACAAACUUCGGUCGCGUCCAGCGCUGGAUCUAUCAAAUCUCAAUUUUUCGGAGAAGCUCCACAAUAGCACAUUAGCUAUUAUUCGUGGUCGCUUUGUUAAAUACACAGUAAGAUUCGAGACGACGACGAUCGGACGAAAUGCUCCGUCGAUGUUAAACAGCCAGGAGCGAGUUGAUAUCGAUUUAUCGAUUGAAGGCCCAGCGUCGAAGAUCUCGCGAAAACAAGCGAUUUUGGAACUGGAUAAGGAGAAAAAUGAAUUCAAAUUGACGAACACCGGACAACGCGCGAUAUUUGUCGACGGAAAACCAGUGCCGAUGUUGAUGUCGACUAUGCUUAAAGAUCACUCAAUUAUUGAGAUCGCCUCGAUUAGGUUGCUGUUCAAGAGGGUCUGCCCAGCAGAAAUGGAUCCGCGGGUGAAGCAGGUGAUCAGCCAGCGUCAAAGACAGCGACAGCAGCUGCAAAUUCCGCAGCAGUUGCUGGCGAGACCUGGCCAACAGAGAGAGCCGCAACGCAAUAACUGA